AUGCGCUGUCUGUGGAAGUUUUUCAGUUGGCCAAAACGACAGAAACACGACGGCGAGGAGGGUCAACAGCUGGAGACCUUUGAUAGGAUAACUCUGCUCCAGUCAUUGCAGAGCUCUCGUCUCAGUGAUGUCCAGGAUAGUCGGCCAACACCCGGUUUUCAGGAGCGCUAUGUUAGAUUCGGAAUUGGAGGUGCUGGAAAUAUGCGCAAGUCCUGCUUCCCUUUCCUGGAUGUUCAUCGGUUCUCAAGUCCGCUAAAUUUGCCUCUUGCUGACAUGACAUGGUACUUUCCCAUAAUGGGCGAGAAAUAA